AUGAAAGUGCUAAAGGGGUAUGUUCAGAAUCGUACUCUCGUCCCGAAGGUUGCAUUGCUGAGCGUUGGAGUGCCUUCAAGCCAAAAGAUGGGAGUUUCAAAGCCAUAUCAGGUUGCACAGCAACAUAUGAUCCACAUCAUCCAGACCGCUUAUCCAAAAUUUAGAAAGAGAACAAAGUGGCUGCAGGAUAAGCACAAUAGCACUUUCAUUCAAUGGCUACGCUUCAAGGUUCAAAGUGAACUUAAUGAGGAGACAAUCAUGGCGUAUCAGAAAAUUUAA